AUGGCUUCUUCAUCCUCAUCAUCGCCUGAAAUUUCUUCUGCGGAACCCGUCCGUUUCUCCUAUAAGAACGCCUCUGAAGAGGAAGUACUCGAUGAUCUCUCGAGCCGUUUUAUUUUGAACCUUCCAGACGAAGAGCUUGCUUCAUUGGAACGUCUGUGUUUUCAGGUUGAACAAGCACACUGGUUUUAUGAAGACUUCAUUCGUGAAGAGAACAACAAUCUCCCAUCGUAUAAUUUGAAACGAUUUUCAGAGACGCUAUUCAAGGCCUGCCCAUUACUGCAACAAUGGAGCCAUGAUCACGAACAAGCUUUUAGUACAUUUAUGCAAUAUAAAACAAGGGUACCAGUCUGUGGGGCCAUCAUGUUGAAUGAUGCUAUGGACAAGUGUGUGUUGGUCAAAGGGUGGAAGGCGUCUUCUGGUUGGGGAUUCCCCAAGGGUAAAAUCAACGAGGAUGAGCACCCUCGCGAUUGUGCGGUCAGAGAGGUGCUUGAAGAAACAGGCUAUAAUCUCGCCAGUCAAAUAGAUGCCGGGGAUUUUUUUGAAAUGUCAAUUAAAGAGCAAAAAAUAUGUUUGUUUGUUGUUCCGGGUGUACCAGAAGACUUUCCAUUUAAAACGAAAACCCGAAAAGAAAUCAGUAAAAUUGAAUGGUUUCGAUUGGUCGAUCUUCCGACGUGGAAGAAAAAGCAGGCCGCACCCGGAAAAUUUUACUUGAUCACACCUUUUAUAAAUCCCCUAAAGAAAUUCAUCAGCCAAAGAAAACCGAGAAAGGUGUCAGGGAAGAAUGGUAAACAGAAAAAUGCUCAAUCCACGGUUUCUUCUUCCAAGGGCGAAACGAGCUCUCAACGAUCUGAUCCAGCGCCAGAGCCUAACUCGCAAUCCACAUCCGAGGAAAACCAAACGUCUUCCUCUAGACAGCCAGAAUCUACUGAGACCACAGACCCAGCCCAAAUGGAUCCUCAGCUUGCAAGACUUCUUUUCUCUCUUGCAAAGUCGGCGACUAUUUCACCUGGUCGUGAGGAUGAAUCGGCUAAACCAAUAGAUAAUGCAUCUCAGAGCACCAGUUUAUUACCAAUCCACAACUCGGACGCGUCUGAAGAGUCUCCGGUUGUGACGCAUACACAUGAACAUCAAGAUUGGUCGUCUUCAGUACCCUCUUACGAGCCUCAGGCAAAUCUAUCAGAUCAACUUCAGCAGUCGCAAGCAUUCGUGUCUGCACCUGCUAUAGCCGCAGUUUCUCCCCCCUCUAAUGAACUACCUCCAAAGACUACCGUGAAUGGCAGCACUAGCGACAAUUCUCAAACUGUAUCGUUCCCCAGCACCAAGGAAACGCCUUCUGCUCUGUCAUCACCGACUUCUAACGCAUCGCCCACCUCUCGACGGAAAUCUUCGUCAACCGCAGAUAUCUCCCCGUAUUUAUCUCGGCAAGCUGAAGUACCUACCUCUGCCAAAAUGCUCAAGCAGUUGUCACUUCUUGAGGCUGUUGCAGACGAAUCAGCUAGGAUGGCUCCUAUAAUAGCAGCAAGGGCAGCAAUGGCCAGUAGAGGACCUAUACCAGGUGGAUACCCAAUCCCAUCGGCUUCUGUCCCCCCUCAGCAUGUCCCGGUCCGUGAAUCUAACGCUGUGUACUCUUAUCAACCUGGACUACCUCCACCUCCGGCAAGUGCUGCUGGGUUCCAUCCUCGUUAUCCAAUGGAAAACCAGAUCAACAAUUAUCAAGAUCCUUUCCAAGUCAGAUCCAGGACGAGCCAAGCCUUCCACCGCGGCCCAAUGCAUAAUCCUACUGGCAGUGUUAGCAUGAACCAGAACCAUCUUCUUGCUGCCAUAAGUGGUUCUCGCGCUGGGCCCAUUAGUCCGCACUACCAGAUGGGUCCGCAGUUUAUUCAACAGCAGCAACAGCACCAGAUGUUCAACACGGUACCACCACCGCCCCAUUAUGGUCCUCCCAAUCCUACCCAAUUUCCUCACCAUCCAGCACACCCACCAAUGAAUGGAUACAACAUGCCACCACCACCGCCACCACCUCUACCUUCUAGUAUCCGACCAUAUCCUAGUACCAAUGCUAAUCCCAUACCAGUCGUAAAUACAGCUCCUAUUGCUCAGAACCCUACCUCUGUAUCACUCUUGUCGAUCCUUAAUGGAAGGCCGGUCCAACAAUCGACAAUCCCCGGCCCAGCCCAUCAGUAA